AUGGGUUGGCUAAUCGGGUAUUGGCUAAAGUUCGGAAAUGGCAUUUUCGGUAGUGACCCAAAUCGAGUCGAGUCGGAUCGGAACAGUAGCAUUUCGAGCCAGGUAGCUGAGAAAUUGAUGGUUGUGAAUCUCCGUGGCUGCCAUAAUCUUUUUGCUACUCCAGAUUUCUCUGGCCAUCAAAAAUUGGAAAAGCUUGAUCUUAAGCAUUGUCACAGCCUAAUUAAAAUUCAUGAAUCAAUUGGAAACGUGAGCACAUUACUUCAUUUGAACCUGAGCAGUUGCCGGAACCUUGUUGAAAUUCCUACUAAAGUCUUUGGCCUAAAAAAUCUAGAAAACCUUAUCCUCUCUGACUACUCAAAAUUGAAAAAGUUACCAAUGGACAUAGGUGACAUGAGAUCUUUGAAAGAACUUCUUGUUGAUAACACUGCUAUACAAGAGCUACCUGAAUCAUUUUUUCACCUUUCAAAGCUCGAAAUGCUUAAAAUCAUUUGUUCCCAGUUCUUAACAAAACUUCCCAACUGCAUUGGAAAUCUGUCCUCCUUGAAGGAACUCUCUCUUAAUAAUACUGCUAUAGAAGAAAUACCUAAUUCUGUUGGAUCUUUGCUAAACCUUGAGAUACUAAGUCUUAUUCGGUGUGAAUCACUCACUUCAAUUCCAGAUUUUGUUGGCAAUCUUAUUUCAUUGAAAAAUUUUCUAAUACAUGGAUUAGCUUCUAUUGUCGAGCUUCAGUUAGACCAGCCACUAAUUACAAGUCUCCUGUAUCCGCUGAAAUCUCUUUCUCCACUUCCCUUAAGUUUGGUGGAGGUGAAUGUUGCAAACUGUACUGCAUUGGAAUGGGUGUCUGAUAUCUCAAAGUUGGAAAGCUUGCACGAGCUGAACCUUGCAAAUUGUCAGAAGGUUUCUUUGAAGAAUUUAAGGUCUCUUAGUAUGCCUGGAGACAAGACUACAGCUUGGUUUUCUCAAGAGUUGAGAAGUGGUAAUGACAUACACGUGAGAGAGCAAGACCCACAAUUCAUCAAGGGAGUUGAGGUGAAAAAGUGUGGGCUUUAUUUGAUCUUUGAAGGUGGUGAUGAUUACAAGGGAGACGAAGAAUUGUUAGACAAGAGCCAGUCAUCUAUUUCUGAAAAACUAGCAAAGUUUUUCAGCUCUUCUGAGGAUGACGAUCACAUCUUUGAUUCUGGUAUUGAAGUCGAUAGCCAUCGUGCAAGAAGAGAUGAAGGAAGAAAAAUGAUGGGGAGGUUUUUGGAGGCUUGUUUAGGGGCGCUUUCAUUUUUAGAAAAGAAGAUGCGUAAAUUAAUAAUAUGA